AUGGAGCUCGCAGUGGUCCCCGUUCUCUUUCUUCUAUUUCCCGCUGUCAUCGCAGGGAACCCAUAUCCGGAUUGCGUCAAUGGGCCCCUCGCGUCCAACCUCGUCUGUAAUACCAGUGCCAACUUUCUUGAUAGGGCAAAAGCUCUGGUCAACGCAAUGACGCUAGAGGAGAUGGUGAAUAACACCGUCAAUACUUCGCCUGGUGUACCUCGACUUGGACUGCCACCGUAUGAAUGGUGGAGCGAAGCUCUCCAUGGUGUGGCAUCCAGCCCAGGUGUAACAUUUGAGACAUCUGGCGAUUUUAGCGGAGCGACUUCGUUCCCGGAACCCAUUUUAAUGAGCGCAGCAUUCGAUGACGAUCUUAUUUUCUCAGUCGCCAGUACCAUUAGUACCGAGGCUCGUGCGUUCGGGAAUACCAACCAUUCUGGCCUCGACUUUUUCACGCCUAAUAUCAACCCAUUCAAAGACCCCCGUUGGGGUCGUGGUCAAGAAACGCCUGGAGAAGAUCCCCUUCACACCUCUCGCUACGUCUACCAACUGAUCACCGGCCUUCAAGGUGGCGUCGGCCCCAGCCCGUACUAUAAGAUCAUCGCCGACUGCAAACAUUUCGCGGCCUACGACCUUGAGAACUGGGAGGGAAACAAUCGUAUGGCGUUUAACGCUAUCGUAUCCACACAGGAUCUGGCGGAGUUCUACACCCCGUCAUUUCAGAGCUGUGUGAGAGACGCGAAGGUCGGAUCGGUUAUGUGCUCAUAUAACGCUGUCAACGGCGUCCCUGCAUGCGGAAGCCCGUACCUCCUCCAAGACCUUGUCCGCGACUAUUUCGAGCUUGGGAACGACACGUGGAUCACGUCCGACUGUGACGCCGUUGGGAACAUCUUCGAUCCUCACAAUUAUACCACUACACUGACGAACGCGUCGGCGGUGGCGUUACUAGCGGGGACGGAUGUGGAUUGCGGGACGAGUUACAGCGAGACAUUGGGAGAGGCGGUGAGUGAAGGGUUGGUGAGUAAGAGCGAUGUGGAAAGAGCACUUGUGAGGUUGUAUGGGAGUUUGGUCAGACUGGGCUAUUUCGACCCUGAGGAUUCUGUGCCAUACCGAGCGCUGGGUGCCAGCGAUGUCAACACACCGGCAGCACAAACGCUCGCCUACACUGCUGCUGUUGAAGGUAUCGUACUGCUCAAGAACGAUGGCCUCCUUCCGCUUUCUAGUAAUGUGAGCCACAUCGCGCUCAUUGGACCAUGGGCGAACGCUACGACACAGAUGCAAGGGAACUAUGAAGGUAUCGCACCCUUACUCAUUAGUCCACUUGACGGCUUCACCUCCGCUGGCUUCAACGUCUCAUUCACCAACGGAACGACCAUCUCUGGCAACUCUACCUCUGGAUUUGCCGAUGCGCUCUCCAUGGCUUCCGCUGCGGAUGUCAUUGUCUAUAUCGGUGGGAUCGACGAUACUGUUGAGGCUGAAGGACAGGACCGUACGAGCAUCACUUGGCCGGGGAAUCAGUUGGAGCUGAUUGGAGAGUUGGGAGCAUUUGGGAAGCCGUUUGUGGUCAUUCAGAUGGGCGGUGGGCAGGUGGAUGAUACGGAGUUGAAGGCUAAUUCUUCCGUCAACGCCCUCCUCUGGGGCGGCUACCCAGGCCAAGCCGGUGGAAAAGCCCUCGCCGACAUAAUCACCGGUGUCCAAGCCCCCGCCGGUCGACUCACCACAACCCAAUACCCAGCUUCUUACGUCGAUCAAGUCGCAAUGACAGAUAUGUCCGUUCGUCCCUCGAACUCGACUGGCUCUCCAGGAAGGACGUAUAAAUGGUACACCGGCACGCCCGUAUUUGAGUUUGGGUUCGGCUUGCACUACACGACCUUCGACGUGGAGUGGGCGGAGGGUAGUCCAGCGGCGAGUUACAGUAUCCAGGAUUUGGUCGCGAGUGCGAACUCGUCGUCGUCGGCUGUGGCCCAUGUGGAUAGCGCGAUUUUGGAUACGUUCACGGUGCAGGUGACGAACACGGGCAACGUCACUUCCGACUACGUCGCCCUCCUUUUCUCGAACACCACCGCUGGGCCUUCGCCUGCUCCGCUCCAGGAACUCGUCUCAUACGCGCGAGUCAAGGGUAUCACGCCGGGAGUGAGUGCGACGGCGAGUUUGAAUGUGACGCUAGGAACAAUCGCUAGGGUGGAUGAGGAUGGGAAUAGCAUCAUUUAUCCGGGAGUAUAUAAUCUUUGGGUGGAUACGACGGGGCAGGCGAAGGCGGUUACGAGCUUUGAGUUGACGGGUGAUAGUGAGCAGAUCAUGACGUUCCCGACACCGCAUUGGUAG